UUCUAUUCGUCUUAUUCUUUUUGAAGAAUAGUAAAAAUAUAUUAACUGAGAUAACAAUUUAUUACAUCAUCGUCAGGGGCAUACCCCUGCUGCUUAACUAUUUUCAUCAUAAACACGUUAAAUCAGAAGUACAAAGAUCACUAGGUGCAUUAAUGCAUAUCACACUUAAAUAAAUCAUUCAAACUUAUUUAACCAAGAUAUAGCAUAGUGCAACAUCUUCAAAAAUCAAUAAGAGAAACAGGAUAUAGCUUGAAAAGCACCUUGUACACCAAAAUUUUGAUCUACAAGUAUACACUCUCCACACUAACCUCUUUGUGUGCAAAAAUAGUCUCGUUUCUAGCCUUCCACACAGUAUAAACAGUACAACAAAGAGAUAAUCGGACUGCCUUACUCAUGAUCCUUGCACCUCCAUAAAGCUUGAUGCACAUUUUAACCGUGCUGAGUAAAGUGGUAGUAUUGCUUUUGAAUCUCAGCCAAAUUCCAACUCUUUGCCACACAUCUUUAGUGAAUGGACACUUAAAGAAGAGAUGUUCCACUCAAUCUAUCUGUAAUUUGCAGAAACAACACCUUCUCUCUAUAUCCAUGUACAUCAGGUUGUCACAAGUCGGCAACCUAUUUCCUAACCCAAGCCAUACAAUAAACGAGAACAUAAUUUAGGAGGGAUAUAUUUCUUCCGAAUCAUAUUUAUCCAAGGUUUGCUAUGAGCUUUGGUUCUUAAGAUGUCAUACACCUUACCAGCGUUGAUCUUUCCAUUAUCACAAAAAGAAUAAAGUCUAUUGAUCAUUUCAGUUUGCCCACCCAUCACUUUGAACAAUUCAUCCCGAAUCUUGAUCAAUCUGGUCAACAAAGGGGACACUCCAGUUUUUGGUAUUCAGUCUUAUUCUUAUCACUUAUUGUGUAUUCUUAUUUUAUUGAGAUUAGAUCGGAUCAUAAAGAUUCAGAUCAUAUCAGAUUAGAAAGAUUCAGAUUAGAUCAUAAGAUUCAUAUUAGAUCAUAAGAUUCAGAUCAUAUAAGAGAGAUUCAUUUCAGAUCAGAUCAGAAAAAUUUAGAUCAGAUUAGAUCAUGAAAAUUUAGAUCAGAUCAAAUCUUAAAAAUUCAGAUAAAAAACACUCAGAAAAGAACAACUUCUUAAUCUAGUUUGAUCUUGUAUACAAAUAACAUCUAUGGAGAUGUUUGGAACUGCUUUUGCUUCUGCUUUUUAAAAAAAAUAGAAAUAGAAUCAGAAUUUUAAGAAGUUGGUCCCCCAACUUCUAAAAAACUAAUUCUAGAAGUGUAAAUUAGAGCACCAUAAUCACUAAUGCACUUUCACCCAAACACUAUAACUUUUGCUUCUGUUUCUUGAAAGAGCAGAAACAGUUUUAAGAGUCAGACUCACUCUCUUCACAAUAGUUGUGUGAACAUACAACUUUGAUAUAGACAAAAUGCGUUAAUGGCUUUGCACAAAAAACAUUUUGCUUGCGUAUACGGAGACACGGAGUAUUAUAUUGCGCGCGCCUGCGCGGGUCAAUUCUGUUGCCGUUACAUUUUCCCGUGUACAAGGAAUUCAUACUGACUAACUGAGUAUAUUUUUUCAGGUGAAAGAAAUUCCAGAAACCUUUCUGCGCACAAAUGAAUACAUGAAGUUGUUCGUGGAUCCUCUUGUGGAAGAAACGCAUGCUGAUCUGUACUCAAGCCUGACCAACUCACUCCGGAAUGCUCCCGCUUGUGAGGUCGAAGAGCUGCUAGUGCCAUUGCCAAGCAAGGAUCUUGAUCAGCCGAAAGACCCGAAAUCUUCGAUCACGAUUCUGUUGAAGAGAGUUAAGGAUCAUGGUAAGUGGAUAUUGCCGUAUAAACCACAAUCCGGAGACCUAAUCGCUUUCUCUGAUAUCAGGCCGAAUCGCAUUGAGGAUCUUAACAGACCAAAGAUACCUUAUUUCUUAGCUGUAGUUCAAGGACAGGAGGAAGAAGAGGAUGAGGAAGAAGAAACUGAUUUGUUCCCCAUCCUGCCAUCCAAGCCCCUUAGCUUCCUCGAAAGGUUAGCUGAGGAUAGGGAAAAGGGAAAUACUCUUUUUAUUGUUUAUCUCACUAAUCUGACAACAAACAUUCGGAUAUGGAUGUCUCUGAAGGGGGAGGGGAGGACUCCGAAGGUGAUGCUCCCAAACUUCCAGAUUAUUAGGACAGUUCUGCACAGUAGCCGUCCUCCAAAUGCAAGUUAUUUCUAUCUUAUCCUACUAAGCUAGGCUAUUUCUAUAUUGUUGUUUUCUGGUUUGUAGCUUGUUGUUGCAAGUUGCAACACCUAAAGCUCAAUCUCCUUAUGAUCGAAACUCUACUGGUCUGUUUGGAUGGAGGGUUUUGGAGGGGAAGGUUAAAUGCACUAUUUUCUAAAGAAAAAAGUUGAUUCAAAAUUUUGUUUUAUAAUGAAUUAUGCUAUUCCUCCAUUUUUUGUAGAACCUCAAAUACAUGUAAAGAUAUAUACACUGACCGUCCAAAACCCUCCAAUACCUAACUCCCAAACUCGCCCAAUCUCUAAUAAAUGAGUGUUGUGAAAACAUGUUGAUCAGGAUGAAGGAAAUUGUUCUCUUUGCUUUGGUAAUGGUAUUGAUGAUGAUGAUGAUGAUACUUUAACAUUGAAAGCUAAGACUGCUGUGAAGUUAUUCGGGUUGGACAGUUCUCAGGAAGAAGCUAUAUUGAGAUGUGUAAAAGCCAGGCAAUGCAAGCACCGAAAGUCAGUGAAGCUAAUAUGGGGUCCACCUGGGACUGGGAAAACCAAGACGGUUGCAUCCUUAUUAUCUGUCCUCUACAAUAUGAAAUGCACAACUUUGACUUGUGCCCCAACAAACAUUGCUGUUUUAGGAGUUGCAAAGCGGCUAAUGGAACUAGUAAGGGAAGCUGGUCUCGAAUGUGAUAGUUAUGGUUUGGGAGACAUCGUCGUGUUUGGUAAUGGGGAGAGGAUGAAGAUCGAAGAUCACGAGGACCUGUGGGAUGUGUUUCUGUCUUAUCGUGUUGCUGCGAUUAAGAAAUGGGUGUUACGUCAUCGGUGGCAAUCUGUUCUGAUUGAGAUGAUCAAAUUGCUGCAAAAACCUGAAGUGACCUAUACAGAGCACUUGAAACAAGGGGGUAGUAAUGAUGAUGAUGAGGAGCCCCAGUUGGAGGAAAAAGAAACUGGAGAGAUGAAAAACAAGGACUUGAAGAAAACAAAUACAAACAAGGGUUUGAAAAAGUUUAUUGUUCAGAUGGUGAAGAAAGGCAAGAAGAAAAAGGCAAGAGACGAACCUUUUUCUUGCAAGAAAAAAGCUUCAGGAAUUUGUUAUGACAAUGUAGCUAAGACCAAGCAGGGGGUAAAGGUUUGUACCUUUGAGGAAUUCUUUAUGAAAAGGUAUAAAUCCUUGACUGAGCGAUUUCAGUGUUGUGUGGAGACCUUUUGCACUCAUUUGCCCACUUCAUACAUCUCUUUGGAAGCACUAAAGAAGUUGUCAGGGGCACUUGGUUCCCUUCAAACUCUUGGAGGAUUGUUGAUGUCUGCAGAGAGCCAUGGAGGACUUAGUGAAGGCCUUAAGGGGAAUGAAGCUUCUUCUUCUUGUAUUUUCAAGUGGAAGGAUGAAUAUGAUUAUUUGCAGAAAACAAAACCAGAAUGUAUUGCGCUGCUAGAAUCUCUUCGUACCUGCAUUACUCUACCAGAUGAUUUGUCUGAAGACUCUGAAACACAUAAAAUUCGGGAAUUUAUUCUGAAACAUGCAACUUUGAUAUUCUGUACUGCCUCAAGCUCAUACACAUUGCACACAGAAUGGAUGGGACCAAUAGAACUGUUGCUAGUUGAUGAAGCAGCUCAGCUUAAGGAAUGUGAGUCCACUAUCCCCUUGCAGCUAUAUGGUCUGCAACAGGCUAUACUAAUUGGAGAUGAGAAGCAACUGCCAGCUAUGGUUCAGAGUAAGAUUUGUGAGAAGGCUGCAUUCGGCAGGAGCUUGUUUGAGAGGCUCGUUAAAUUAGGACACACAAAACAUCUCCUCAAUGUUCAAUACCGAAUGCAUCCCUCUAUUAGUUUAUUCCCAAACAAGCAGUUUUAUGAGAAAAAGGUGAUGAAUGGUCCUAAUGUAACAAAGGAAGGAUAUGAGAAACGGUUUCUUCAAGGAGAGAUGUUUGGACCCUUUUCUUUCAUUGACAUAAGAGGAGGAAGUGAAGAUCGUGACAACAGCUGUAGCAGUAAAAACAAGGCUGAAGUUUUUGCAGUAGCUGAGAUUGUUGCUAUGCUCCACAGAGAAUGCUUGCUUUCAAAACAAAGAGUUCGCGUAGGGUGCAUAUCACCGUACAAGGCGCAGGUGUUUGCCAUCCAGCAAAAACUUGGGAAGAAGUACAGCACAGACAUUGACAGUCAGUUCUCUGUUAACGUGAGAUCGGUUGAUGGCUUUCAAGGGGGAGAAGAAGAUGUUAUCAUCAUCUCCACUGUGCGGUCCAAUGGGAGUGGAUCAGUUGGCUUCUUGUCCAACUUUCAGCGCACCAAUGUUGCUCUAACUCGAGCAAGAUAUUGUCUAUGGGUCUUGGGGAAUAGCUGGACCUUGAUCAAUAGUGGUUCUGUUUGGAGGGACCUGGUGGUAGAUUCUAAGGUCAGGGGGUGCUACUACGAUUCCUGCAAUGACAGCAACUUGGCAAAAGCAAUUGCAGAGGCUGCUUCAUCUGAUGAUUUAUUUAACAAAUUUUCAGCAAUGGAUAUAGCCCAAAGCCACAGAACUGCAGGAUAUAUGAAGGUUUUCCAGAAGAAUAGAGCUCGGUUUUCUAAAGAACUUUGAAGCAGCAAAUAAUGAUUGU